AUGUUUCAGGAACAUCUUCAGAUUCAAGAGCGUCUUCAGGUUGACGAGAAGGUCCUGGGACUUUCUCCCGACACUCUUUCUCAAAACUCCUCUUCAACUGAAACUCUGGGCGAAAUUCAAGUGCCCCUUGGCCUUGAAGCUCUCGAGCCCUCAUUUUCACUUUCUGAACAUCUUCGGUCUGUCGGAGUUGAACUUUUCACAAGACAACAAAAAGCAGACACAUUUCUGUCGCCGUUCAGCUGGUCGGGUCGGAAGAAGAUCAUCACUCUAUUGGGACCUUUCAUGGCAUCGACCCUCGAGGCAUACGGCGCUGGAGCCUACGCACUGGCUUCAGAGCCCCUUCGUACGAAAUGGGACAUCAGUGACACCCUCUUCAAUAUUGGAAUCUCCCUUUUCGUUGUUGGCUUUGCCUUUACUCCUAUGAUUCUUGGCCCCAUCAGCGAAACGCACGGCCGAUACUGGACAUUUGUUGGCUCUGGCAUUGUAUUCUUUCUCGGGACCUUGGGAUGCGCGGUGACCGAAAGCUACGCAGGCAUGAUGGUUUCUCGCCUGAUCACAGGCAACGGAGCCGCAGUUUUUGCAACGCUGACUGGCGGUGUUGUGAGUGAUCUGUACCGCAAGGAGGACCGCAAUACGCCAAUGGCUCUGUACUCCAUGACAAUCAUGGUCGGGGCUAGUCUCGGACCACUUGUUAGCGGAAGUGUCGUUGACCUUCUAGGCUGGCGUUGGAUAUUCUUUAUCCAAGCUAUCGCAAUUGGGAUAACGACAACAACGUUAUUCCUUCUUUUUGAAGAGACUACGGGCAACGUACUUUUACGCAGAAAGUGCUUCACCCUCAAUGCUGCCCCCAUGAAAACAUCAGCAGGAAAGCUGAUCAACUUUGCGCCUGCGAUGGAGGAACGUCUCAAUAUCGAAUUCAGCAUGAUUUGGCGAAGUUUUGCUUUCCCACUACGGCUUCUUUCAAAAGAACCUAUUGUGUUCUGUAUGUCUUUAUGGGUCUCUUUUGCUUGGGCAAUCAUGUACAUGCAAUUCAGCAGUAUUGGGCUAGCGUUUCGUAGCGUAUACCGCUUCGACAAUGCUGAGGUCGGUGCAGUUUACGCUGCUAUUAUUGUAGGUUCAAUCGUUGGCAUCGGAAUUUCACUACUGCAGGAACCCAUCAUAAAAUGA